AUGUCUUCUGAAAUCAUCUCCACCACCAGACCCUCGACCCUGGCGGUCGACUCCGUCUGCGCUAUUCCAGGCUUCGUCCACCGCAUCCUCGAGCAUCUCGGAGACGAGGGCGACUUCGACGCCCAAGAUGCCACGCUGCGUUUGCUUUCUACUCUCGGCAAAACACAUAUCGUGCCCACAACUGCUUUCGCGAUGCUGUGGCACACCCUUCACGGGCUCAAGCGCGUCAUUAAUAUGAUGCCACGCGAACUGUUCGACGGCAACUCCCCCAGACAGUGGAAACCUCUCCUCGAGAAUGCUCGCGUUACGCUCGCCGACUGGGAGCGCCCAUUGUUCUAUCUCUCCCACGUCCACGAGCUCUAUCUCAACCAGGGGCCGAAUGUCCUCGACCACUUCCCUGCUUAUCAUACGGACAGAAUCUUCGCUACCGUGCGCUGCAACAAUGUAUUGCUCACCCCCAACCUGCAUACUCUUUCGUGGACCCCACCAAACAUCAUACAAGCCGAACGCUGGGCGCCAUUCCUUCAUCUUUUCGUCGGACCGUCACUUCGCACCUUUCACAUGUUGGUGGAUAACAGCCUCACUGUGAGGGACAUUUUUAACCGACUUCCCGACAACGUUUGUGCCCAACUCACCUGUGUCAUUCUCGAAAGCCGGAGUCUCUGUGUCGGCAGCACUCGCUGGACAGCGUUCAGCGUGAACCGCUUCCUUGGCCGGCUCCGCGACGCCAACCAUGUUUCCACUGAUCAGCUCAGCAUUAACGACAGUGUGCUGGUGGGCCUAGGCAAGCUCGCAAAUCUGACGUUCGUGCAGUUAAUCUCAAUGAAGGGGCAGAAUGUUCCGAUUACCUCGGAUCCGCUGUUCCGGCGUCUGGAGCAUCUGCACACGAUCGGCACUGACCCGGAACAUGUUGCCGAAUUGCUGCCGGUGAUUUGGUCCCACGCUCUUGAGGUUGUCUCCGUCAACUUCUUGCUCGGUACGGGAAAGUCCUAUGAGCUGCUACUGGAGGCGCUGCCACAUCUCCCCGCGCCGGAAAAUGUGAAGGAAAUCUGCAUCAACGACUUUGAUCCGGUGACAUACCACGCAAUCGGCCGGAGACGCUCGCUGGAGGAGUUUUUUGCUGCAGCAAAGGAUCUCGUUUCGCACACGACAGCCAAACCGGGCGACUAUACCAUCGCGGCCACGUGCCUGCGUGCACUUGCAGAGUUCUCCAACCUCACGCGGCUCUUCCUCGUUCUUCCCCUUGGGUUUGCCGGCCUUACCGACACGCUCUUGGAUGAAGUGACCAAGAACUGGCCCAGCCUCCAGUCGAUGUCCCUUCUCCCACAAGUAUCCUUCCCCCUCGACCUACAUCGCCCCUUCCCCAUAGAGCUUACCCUCGACGCCUUUAUCACGAUUGCGACCAACUGCCGCAACCUGCACACCCUCGGUCUCGUGAUUGACGCAUCCGCGCCCCUAUCCGAGGAGCUGUGUCAGCGCGCCCUGGCCGCCCCCGUCUGCCCCCAGCUAUUCCACAUCGAAGUGUUGGACUCGCCAAUUCAGAGCCCCCACCCCGUCGCGCGCUUCCUCGCGUCUCUCUUCCCGCGCCUACGCGUCAUCCACGCCGGCGCCGACGUACCCCUUGCCUGCGGCCCGAUGGCCGCCCUAAGCGACUACUUUGAGCGCACGUGGUAUUCCGUGCAGGUCGCCCUCCCCGAGAUGGCCGAGAUCUGGGCGCGUGUACCCGGUAAGAGCUGGAAGGACAUCAAGGUGGUGGUCGACGAUGAUGAUUUGCGCUGGUUUGAAGAGGAGACAGACUCAGAAGUAGAUGUCGAAGAGGACUGGUAG